GAGGCAGAGAGGUCGAGUGCGUCGUCAAAACGGGGGACUCUUAACAUUUUUCUUGAGCUGCUGAAGGUAGACUGACAUAUUUCAGCCAAACCUCGCAGUCGCAGGUGAAGACAUAUAAGGCAGGCAUGGAAGAUGAGAAGGCAUUGCAGCAGCAGCAACUAUUGCUACAGCAGCAACAACAGCAACAACAGCAACAAAACCAACAGCAUCAACAGCAACAGUUAUUGCUCCUGCAACAACUGCAAAGGCAACAGCAACAAGCCCAACAGGCCGCUGCCAUUUCCCGUUUCCCUUCCAACAUCGAUGCCCAUUUGCGCCCACUCCGACCCAUCAAUCUCCACCCUAACCCUAAUUCCGCUCCUAAUCUCCAACAAAAUCCUGUUGCCAACCCACGGCAACAGCAGCAGCAGCCCCAACAGCCCCAACAGCCCCAACAGCCCCAACAACAGCAGCAGCAGCAGCAGCAACAGCAGAGGGUGAUCCGACCCGGGAACCAGGCGGAGCUACAGAUGGCGUACCAGGACGCCUGGCGGGUCUGCCAUCCCGAUUUCAAGCGUCCCUUCUCUUCCCUCGAAGACGCCUGCGAGAGGUUGCUGCCUUAUCAUGUAGUGGCAGAUUAUGAGGCAGAGGAGGAUGACAGAAUCCUUGACUCUGACACCACAGGCCUGAUUCCAUCUCGCUCUCAGCAGUGGGAUCACAACAUAUCUUCUAAAGUUGCAGAGUUUACAGCAACAUUUGAGAAACAAGCACUAGCCUUUAACAUAAUUUCCCGUAAGCGAGCAUUGGGGGAAUUUCGGUCUGAAGAGAGACUUAUGAUUGAGCAGGCACUUUGCCAAGAAGAAAAAAGGACAUGUCUGGAAUUGAAAGCAGAGUUUGAUUCAAGAGAGAAAGCUGGCCGGGAAGCUAAAUUACGAGCUCAGGCAGAGCAAGCUCGGGUUGAGUCGCAAGCACAUGCUGAAAUGUUAGCUCGGGCCCCAAUAAGGGCAAGUGCACUUGGGUCUGAAGGCAAUGACGUUUCGAUUGGGCAUGACAUGAGAGAGCAGGAACAUGGGGUUAACCCAGAAGAUAUGAUAAAUGGAUGGGGAAAUAAUAUGCAAAGAGAUGAGAAGGAACCAUGUGAGGAUUUUUUAAAUGAUGAAGAGACUGAGAAUGGAUCCACGGGCAUGCAGGACGGCUGGCGUGAAGUUGGGGAGUUUGAUUUGAACACUCGUUAACCAAUAAAGCUCUUGGCAAAUCAUACUUGAUCACGGGCAGAGAAGCUGUUCAUAAACAGGAAAGCCCAUUCCAUGGCAAAUGAAUUAGCAUCGGCCGUCUUGGAAUUGUUGUGAAUUUCAUGCAGCAUGGGAAUUGGAGCAAUGCUUUUAAAAUUUGAAUCACUCAUGGGGAAACUACCAAUGAAGCCACAUACUGCAGUUACAAUGGAAGAUGGAUAGCUUUUAUAUUUAAUUAUAUUAGCGGAUUGCCUUUGCCACGCUGUCACAGAAGAGAACAUUACGUUAAAAGGUUCUCCUUUGAGAGAAUUGAGCUUUUUAUUUUGAUCAUUUCUUCAUUUCCUUGUAUUUUUGAAAUCUGGAAUUGCGUAGAAUGAGAGUAGUUUCUCAUGUAUGAAGAAGCAGUGGAUUAUAAUUAUUUUGCCUCAAAGGGUCUGAAGUUUUAACUUUGAUUCCUCUC